AUGGCACUCAUAAGCACAAAUGGAGACCGAGAAUUACCAACUGAGACUGCAGAGGCUCACAUCUCGCUUGCUGUGGUCCUGUUUGUCUGUUCUGUCCUUAUUCUUGUGGGAAACUCGUUCACGAUCGUAAGCAUCUUACAAUUCACCCGAAGAAAAAACACGUACACUUUACUAAUCGUAUCUCUUUCGUUCACGGAAGUUUUCAACGUGCUCGGGCCUAACGGAAUUGCUUUGUACGCGAUUUUGGACAAAAGUAGCGAAUUGAAAGAUCUUUUCACCUUGUGCAGAGUUCAAGCCUGGCUAAUGGUGUUCUUUCGCAUCGUAGCGACAAUACUAGUCUUCGUCUUAACCUUAGAUAGAGUUUUUGUGACAACUUUGCCACAGUUUUACCACAAACACUGGAAAGGAAAAUUAUUUAUCAUAAUUUUCUUCGGCAUUUGGAUCAGUGCAACGUUUCUUGCUACAUGGCCUCUGUUAUGGCUCGAAGGUUUUCAAGUUUCCAGCGAUUCCGGAGGGCUGUUUUGUUUAUUCCCUCAUGACAGUCCCUUCGCGCAGUUUUUUGUUCUGCUUCACUGUUUUUUGUUGAUGAUCAGCUGUUUUUGCUUUUAUGCAAUAUUUGGUAUGGCUGGCAAGAAAUCUUUCGAUACAAAGAAUGCAAAACAUGAGAACAUGGAUAUUUCAUCAAGACAGCUUAUUGCAGAGAAAGACAUUUUCGCGAGCUCGAAAGAGUUUUCUCGCCUGGUUGUAUUGGUAGCCGUGGUUUACUUCUGUUCUCUUCUUCCAUGGAUGGUAGCUUUAUGUCUUGGUAUUUUUUCAAUUGGAUAUCCUUCUCUUUUUGGAUUGUGUGCGACCCAGAUACCAAUGGUCAGUGGUUUACUGAAUCCUGCGUUGUACGGGAUCAUGUGGCUCCCGUUCAGACGAGCUUACAUCCGCGCUCUCAAGUGGCCUGGGGCAAAAUGUUGUCGCCGGCAAAGGUCUUUACGCGCACGGUCCCACACUCUAAACUCCACCGCGAGUGCAAAUCACGGCAGCUUCUGGUUAUCGGAUAGCUUAGUUGACGAGGAUGGCGAACAAGAAAAUGCAUUUCAGAUUCUGUUUGGUCCCACGUCAUAUAUCAAGCCUCUCGACUUUAAUCCAGAAGAGCUGGAAAUGUUCGAACAAGAAUCGGAAAUGUGCGCCUCUUUAAACAAUAACGGAGCGGUCUUUCAACACUCAAAACCCACAAUCUGGAGAGAGACUGGAAACCAUUUCCAAAACAUUUUGGAUCUUAUUGACGCGAUGACAGACGGAAGUCGACAGAAAGUAAUUGAAAAGGGAUUGGGAAGAGAAAGCAAAGACUCAAGAUGGUCAAAUGGCAACAGUGCACAUAAAAGGUCGGCGGACAACAUUAAUAUUGGUAUUUCCCAUCAUAGUAGUGGUCUUGAAUUAUCGUUUCGCCAUCCAAAUUCCGCCCAAAUCCCUAGCUUGCCUCAUUGCAGAAAGUACAGCAACGGUUCUGCAGAUUGUUCUUGCCUCGGAAAAUCAAAAUGCUACGUAGUGGAGCGAAAAAAUCGUGAACUGGACUUUCUAGUGUCUAGAGAUUUAAUGGGGAGUGCCAGUUCUGGAGAAUCCGUGAGGAUUGAGAUCUGAGCUUGUUCGUGAAAGAACAUUCAUUGGCAUCAAGACUUUACAAAGUACUACAGGAUUUUAUUCGUAGAAUUAAGAUGACCAGGAUAGUCUUGUCUUGCGAACUUAUUUUCGAAUGAAUUUAGGAGUGUUAACAGUACUCUUAA